AAUAUCGCUUUGAGUUCUCUCACUUGGGUCCUUUGCUCUCUUUUCAUUUCCGUUUUAUAGUAUAAUAUAGGCCCCUCUCUCUCUACCAAAUCCGUAAUCUGUCAGCUUCUGGUCGAGGACUCCUUGUGUUAUUGUAUUAUUAAACUUAUUAAAGUUUUGGGAGAAAGGGUAUGUGUGUAUGUAUAUCAUCAAUCUGAGCAUGUACAUGCGUGUGUGAGAAAUGCAGAUAGGGGCACUGGCAAAAAGCAUGUUUGGCUAGAAUUAAUUAAUUAUAAGCGUUGAUUCAGAUUGCAGCAGGAGGUAAGUUAAAGAGUAGAGAGGAAAGAAAAAGUAAGGCUGAUUCUGAUAAAAUGGGGUCGGAGCAGAACAGAUUUCCACCGCAGCAGCAACCGCCGCCACCACGGCGUAAGAGCUGGGGAGGAUGUUGGGGUGGGCUGUCUUGUUUCGGCAAACAAAAAGGUGGAAGGCGUAUUGUACCCGCAUCUCGCAUUCCAGAGCCGAAUGCAUUGGCAAAUCAGCCAAAUAGACCUCAAGCUGUUGUGUUGACCAAUCAGACUACAACUCUAGCACCAUCUCUCUUAGCUCCACCAUCUUCACCUGCAUCCUUCUCGAAUUCAGCACUACCUUCAACAGCUCAGUCACCUAGUUGUUGUUUGUCACUGUCUGCCAAUUCACCUCGAGGUCCUUCAUCCACUAUGUUUGCCACAGGACCAUAUGCUCAUGAGACACAGUUGGUAUCGCCUCCUGUUUACUCUACCUAUACAACUGAGCCAUCUACUGCUCCUCUUACACCCCCGCCUGAGUUGGCACACCUAACUACUCCCUCUUCUCCGGAUGUGCCUUUCGCUCAGUUUCUUUCAUCUUAUAUGGAUCUCAAAAGCACUGAAAAGACAAAUUUCAUUGCUGCAAAUGAUCUGCAAUCAACAUAUUCCCUUUAUCCUGGAAGCCCAGCCAGUAGUCUCAUAUCGCCUGUUUCAAGGACCUCGGGCAACUGUUUAUCGUCAUCUUUUCCUGAAAGGGAGUUCCCCCCUCAAUGGAAUCCUUCACUUGCUUCUCAGGAGACUAAAUGCUCAAGGUCUGAGUCAGGCAGGCUAUUUGGGCUUGACACUGGUAGCGUCUCCAAACUGUCUCAAGACACAAAUUUCUUCUGUCCUGCUACAUUCGCACAAUUCUAUCUGGACCACUCUUCGUUUCCACACUCUGGUGGAAGAUUAAGUGUUUCCAGAGAAUCAGAUGUUUACUCUAAUGGUGGAAAUGGGCAUCAAAGCAAGCAGAACAGAAAUUGCAAACAAGAAGUUGAGGAAAUAGAAGCUUACAGAGCAUCCUUUGGAUUCAGUGCAGAUGAAAUUGUGAGUACAACUCAGUAUGUGGAAAUUUCGGAGGUAUUGGAUGACUCCUUUACAAUGACACCUUUUACCUCCAAUAAGCCACAUGUGGAGGAAAGUAUCUUGACUGCAUCAGCAGAUGAUGGACCAGAAGCUGAGAAAACACCUAUGAACUUGCCAAGUCCAGAACACUGCAAAUCAGAUGUAGAUUACAUUGAUCAUGUAUCACAGAGGCAACAUGGGGAUAUUUCUAGGCGAUGUACACAUGGAAACCAAAUUAUGAGAGAUGAUGACAUCUUUUCUAGGAUGGGAGGUUCCAGAGUUGGCAGGAAAUAUCCUCUUGGUUUAUCAAGUUCUGAUGCGGAAAUUGACUAUAGGAGAGGAAGAAGCUUGAGAGAAUGCAAAGGAGACUUUGCAUGGCAUGACUAGGCAUCAUAGGGGAAGAAAACCGAGUUGUUUCUCUUAUGUAUUUGCAGGUUUAUAUCUUGUAUGUAUUUGUUGGGGGUUCUCUUUGCUAGAUGAUCUAACCUAUGAUCUCUCUCGUCUUUUGCUCCAUCUGAUUGAUGAAUGUGUUGUCUAUUUGUGUCUAUGUAUCUACUUCUGGCGGUUCAUGUUCAAUAUGUGAGCAGUUUAACUAUAUAUCUGGCAAAUACCAGUUUACUCGAGUGACAUGUCGUAUGAAACUUUAUUGUGUGUUGAUGCUUGUUUAUACCGCAUGUGGCUUUUAGCAAUGUACUGGAAAUAUAUUGUGGUGUUCGUUGAGGGCAGGAUAUUUGCUAAUUUUCAAUUGAGAUGCUGUGUGGGAUUGUGC